CCUCCUCAUCCGCUUCGAGAUGAAAAAACAAAAAUCGAAGCGCAGUAAAUCUCGCGAUCGACUCAGUGAGUUGCCCGACUCGUUAAUCUUCUUCAUCUUUGAGUUGUUGCCGAUGAAUGACGUUGUUAAGACAACAAUCCUCUCCAAGCGUUGGAAAGAUCUCUGGAAAACCGUCCCCUUCCUUAAUUUCACGGAUUCUUCGUUCCGAUACGACCCAAAUAUUUCGAGUGCCCGAAACUUUGUUAAUCGGGCACUAAUACUGUGGGAAGGGAUCAAGAUGCUGAAAUUCACGAUUGAUUUCAGAUCACGAUAUGGCCAUUACAAAAGUUUACUUACUGAUGAUUUGAAUGUGUGGGUGCGUUGGGCAAAACAGAAAGAAGUCGAAGAGAUACACUUACGCAUUAAGGAUGAUUAUGAACCGUACCAGUUGUCGGAGUGUCUCUACUCGUGUUCAUCGCUCAAAGUGUUAGUGUUGUCGCUCAAUGAAAUUAGCCUUUGGAGUAUUCCUGGGAAUAUCAAGUGGGAUAGUCUCAAGAGUUUAACGAUUGAUUCGCUUUACUUUGAUUUCAAUCCGGAAUUUAUCAUCCAAGCUUUGCGUGGAAGCCCUAACUUGGAAGUAUUUAACUUGACUCUGCACGAACUAGAAAGCCAAGUAGGAAGCGUGUUUAUCCAAUCCAGUAGUUUGAAGAAGCUCUCGAUUCGCAAGCCUCGUUAUGAAACAGAUAAAGAGCUGAAAAUUGUGACUCCGAAUCUUGAAACGUUGGAAAUUUCAGGGUCUCCGUACAGAAGAUGUGUGUUGAGUGACUCCUCGUCUUUGACCGAUGUAACUCUUAGAUUUCAGGAAGACAAGAGCUGGUAUGACAGCAUCGAACAUGAGAAUUUAUCUGCUGCUUCGUGCGAACACGAUUGUGGGAAAACGUUGAAUCAAAUUCUUCCAACCAUCCGACAUGUUGAAAGACUGAAAUUAUCGUCUUGGUGCAUCCAGGUGCUACAGCGCACGAACAAGCAACAUUUGCUUUCACGCCCAUAUUUUAAAGUUAGAAAUCGUCUGAAAUUUGCGGGCCGGCGAGUAUGGUGUUUCGACAAGUAAAAGCAAUCAUGCCAUCCAUCGCAUUCUUAAUAAUUAAAAGUAGAGAAUCUUCCUAGACUGCACUUGCUUCAUUUGGGUUAAUUUGUUGAAAAAAAAUUGCAAUGACAAGUAAUUUUGUGCGGUUUCCCUCAGUUGGAAGUGUUUUAUCUUGUUUUUGGAGAAGAAUCCAAUCUAGUAGUUUGAAAGUGUAUUGAAAGUAUUUGUAUGAAUCUAUGAUGAUGAUGAUGAUUUUGU